GAAAUGGAAGCAUAUUUACUGAACUAGUGCUGAGAUGUAGGCAUGGUGUGUUCAGGCUGAAACUAUUCUUCUAAAAUGUUCAUUCCAGUGUCAGCUCUUCUUCUGAUACUUUCUGAAGUCUGCUCUUGUCGUGAAAUUCACUGGAAAAAGGUUCCAGGCAGACUAGAAAAAUGCGGUCUUCAACCUUUAAAUGUGUCUAGAAUCUUAAAGUCAAAAACAGACUGUGCUAUAGUUUGUAGUAACAGUUUCAACUGUCGCAGUUUUAUGUACAACAAAACGACUAAACUGUGUACAUUGUACAAAGGGUUCAGUGCGUACUCAGAGCCACCAAAGAGUGUACUAGGUGAUGUGUAUGUAGCCGAUGCUUGUGAAGCUUACCUUGAUUUUAGCCAAAAACCCAUUGUACAACUUUUUAUCCCUUCCACUAUAUUCGUGGCUUACAUCUACCAAGCUCUCAGUUAUCAAGAUGCCCUGGCUACCUGUGGAUGUCUUCAGUCCACGAUGUUUACAGUUAAGACCAUGGACAGAUAUACUUUUCUUAUUGCCCAGGAGGGGCUAAAAUAUUACGAGUGGGUAGGCCUGGAUGAUAUCAAGACAGAGGGCACUUUUCUCUGGGCAGAUGAUGGAAAAAAGUUCACUGAUUUGGCAUUAGAGAAACUUCUUUUUGAUUUUGGACAACCGGACAAUGGUCACAACAUUGUUGAUGAAGAUUGUGUUAUCAAGAAACGUCUAGAAGACAUAACAGCAGGGAAACUAAAUGACGUGUCUUGUAAUUUAACUGCUUUCUUUAUAUGUGAAAAAGUCAACUGUUAGCAUCUAGCCUAAGCAGUAAAAUCAGGUUUACAUAUAGCCAACAUUUUGUACAAAUGUAGCUUAUUUAUACAUUUAAUCUCGCCCAAAUGUUUUUUAAUCGACCAAAUUAAAUGCCGCCUGUAUAUUUCGCAGAUAUUGUUUCGCUUAUAGAGAUACUUAAAAUUAAUAUUGUAAAUACAGCUUAAACAUGACGUUAAAAUAGAAUCUAAGACAGCUUAUAUACAGCAAGGGACAACAAAACAUAUUAAGUAAACAAUAACCUUAAAUGUAGUUUUAGUUAGGUUUAAACGGCUUAAAUAUUCUCUUAAAAUGGAAUGCAUAAAUAUCAAAAAGAUAUACAAUUUAAUUUUAGCUUCAUUUAGCAUUAGACAGGUGUUUUUUUUUGUUGUUGUUUUUCUUGCAAUAAAACCAAAGUCCAGAUUUCCAAUUUUUUAGUUUACCAACACAAACAUUAACGCGUGCUAAAUUAUAUUUUUUUAAAUUACUAAUUGUAUAAAUAUAUAUUUUUUUUAGUUCAAACUUAAGAUUAAAAUUGAAGUUCUGGAAACCUAAACAUGAAAAUUAACAUGUCCAAUCUGGCAGUAAGUGUACCAAAGUCAAUGUCAUGUCCUCUUCCCAAACAUCAAGUUUCAGUUUCCUGAAAUCUGAGCAGAUUUCAAAGAGGUGCAAGAAAUCAAAUGUCCAGUGCAUAUUUAAAGAGAGGAGAAACACAAAGUCCAUUUGAUAAUGAGUUUUGAUGUUGCUAUAAAUAAUUCCCUGAAUGGUCACACGAUGAAAACUUUGGUUUGACCGUCCUAAUUCUUUCAAACUAUAAACAUCUUACAAUUACAACGGGCUUAUCUCCUUUACGUCAUUUUAUUCUGAAGACGUCACUGACGGUUAUUACCGCACUCGACGUCACUGUUUCUUUGUAUUCAGGAAGGAGUUGAAUCAAUCAAUCGAGUUCUAUGAACAUUUUGCACACCUUCUUGGGCAGACGUUUCAGUCCACGUAGUCUUGUAACAUCUGGGCUGUUCAUUAAAGAUUUUAAUUAUGCAAAUGUCACAGGGAAGACUCCUCGCAAUAGUGAAGCAUUACAAGAAAUAAAUAGAAUGAGAAAUUAUAGACCAUCAGCUUCCUAAAGAGGGAAUUGAUUUUGACAAAUACUUAUUACAAAGCUUCUAUCAACUCACUCUGUCUAUGUGUCUGUCUGUCUGGAAAGUUUGUACACGUUAUUUCUGUGACACCCAAUCUCGGAUCAAGCUAAAAUUUUGCACAAUUAAUUCUUUUCUCGACAACACAAGAAUCAAAACAAAAAGUAACCAAUUAGUUAAUUAAAUAUUGGUAAUAAAUUACUUUGUUUGAUAUUUCAAACAAGGAAAAGAAAUAGUAUUUGCUUAAGUGGUGGUAUAAGCUGGAUUAGUUCCCUUUAUAAAUUGUCGUCUGAGGCUUAUUACAAAUUUAAUUACAUGACUGAUCGAAAUUGAUACAUUCAAUUGAUACAUUUAAUGUAAGCUUGUUUUUUAAGCAUUUUGUUUUUGUAUUGUUGUAAUAUUACUUGUUAUGUAACAUAUUUAAACAUUUCUGAGAGAGAAUGAAGUAAAUAUGGUAACUUUGGAGAUGUACAUUCUUUUUUAUUUUUUAGAUUCAUUUGAAA